AUGGGGAGAGAUGGGAGCAAGAGACGGAGGAGGAAGAACCCCCAAAUCAAAGCCCUUGAUGCCCCCCCAAGUACAAGCACUAGGACGACAAGGACUAUCAAGCGGAAAUUUGAUGAUGCUGCGGCGGCGGCGGCGGCAACACCCGUCUCAAAAUUAGCCAAACAAGUUUGGAAGGGCAGAAACAGCCCAAGAUAUGGACGUCGCUCCACGGAUUCAUGCGUACUGAUCUGGAAAUCUAGCCAUGGUGAACACCAUAAGCAGGAUGGUGGUACUGGCAAAGCAUUGAUCUUGCCGGAGAAGCAUACUCUAGAGCUUGUUCUUGACACGCUACAAAGGCUUAAUGGGAUGGAUAAUCGCAUUGUUCUUGAAAUGCAUUUCAGGAGAGAUACAUACGAAAUAUUUGCUGAACCAGUAAAUCCGGAUGAGGUUGAGGAUUACUAUAAAAUAAUUAAAGAGCCCAUGGACUUUGGGACAAUGAGGGCAAAACUUCACGAAGGGAUGUAUGAGAAUCUCGAGCAAUUUGAGCGAGAUGUGUUUCUGAUACCAGAAAAUGCAAUGCAUUUCAACUCCUCAGGCACCACUUAUUUUCGACAGUUGAUCAUAAUGGCGGUGGUUCACAUGGACGUCAAACAGGCUCGUGCCAUGCAUGAAUUAGCUAAGAAGGUCUUUGAAGCCCUUAGAGUGGAUCCUGAAAAUUUUGUAAUGGAAUUUUCGGGGGCUCGGAGAAGAUCUAUGAGAAAGGCGUUAGGCGAGUCCAAGGAUUCAAGACCGCCAGCAGCGGCAAUGGAUGAAGCAAGGGACGCUUUUCCCAAGGAGACCCCCACAUUCCGAAGAAGCAGCGGCAUCAGAAGGACCGCUGGGUGCUCAGCCGAGACAUCACCCACUGCCCUGGCCCAUCAUCACCAUGCUAAUUGCUCCGACAGCAACUUAUUGUUCGCCACCGCCACGGGGCGCAGAGAUGGCCGAGUGUCGAGCUCCCAAGGAGCGGACGAUAGGCGUUCCACAUACAGAAUGGGUCAGCGGAGGUCAUCCUUGUUUAAGCACGCGGUCGACUCAACCGCAUCUUUCCCACACACUUGCAAUCAGCUAGUAUCGACUGACUGUUGCACUAAAUGUACUUGUCACGCACGCACGCACGCACAGAUUAAUCAAGUAGACAUAAUUAGCUACAGGAGUAGCUUGAUGUCAUUUGUCAAGGGUUUAGGACCCACUGCACAAAUGAUUGCAUGGCGGAAGCUGGUGAGUGAACGCGCAUCAUUUGCCGGAAAGCAGUCUGCGAAAUGUCAUCAAAGACAGAGCGAGGAAUCCCUUUGUUCGGAAGCAACUACGCAUAGGGCUAUGUAUGAAUUGUAUCCCGGCAAGCGCCAAUUCUUCACGGAGGGCAACAAAGCUGAUUCGACCGGAGGAGGAGGAGGAGAAGAAGCAAAAGCAAAAGAAAAAGCAAAAGGAGAAGGUGACCUCCCAGAAAAACAAGAACAAAAAAUUGAUGCUACUGCAUUGACGACAACUCGCAACAAAAUUAGAAGGGGUUUCAAAUACGCAGGCAAGUCAGAUCAUGAUGCUAAUAGUGUCAGGCCAGUUAUAUUAGCUUUGGAAAGUAGUCAUUCAAAGGGUGGAGCUGCUGAGAAUAGAUCGAAGAACAGGAAAAGCAGCACAACGCUCCCGUGGAACGUCAGCCCGACCCCCACCCCGAGCCUGAGCCAGAGCCAGAGCCAGGGGGAUUCAGUGGGGCAAUUGCAAUUAAAAGAGGAGGCAGCGUUAGCAAUGAGGCCUGCACCUGCAGCAGACCCCUCAGCGACAUUAACCACCUCCCAGUUCACAUUCAACCUUUCUUUCUUAAAGGCAAGGUUGGAUCAGAUGAACGGGCUUGUUGUUGGAGCAGGUGGUGAGCGACUAAAGAAGGGGCCUUCAUCCGACAAAUUAAGUAUCGUAGGAGGCGGCGAGGUAGAGGUUCGACCGAGUAGAGAAAGCGGGCCCGCUCAACAGCAAGCUACAGCAAUCAUUGCAGGCUAG